AAAAUAGGCCAUUCGGCCUAUCAAGUCUACACCAUUCAAUCAUGGCUGAUCUAUCUCUCCCUCCUAACCCCAUUCUCCUGCCUUCUCCCCAUAACCCUUGACACCCGCACUAAUCAAGAAUCUAUCCAUCUCUGCCUUAAAAAUAUCCACUGACUUGGCCUCCACAGCCGUCUGUGGCAAAUAAUUCCACAGAUUCACCACCCACUGACUAAAGAAAUUUCACCUCAUCUCCUUUCGAAAGCAACGUCCUUUAAUUCUGAGGCUGUGCCCUCUGUGGAUGUUUUCAAGAGAGAGUUAGAUUUUGCUCUUAGGGCUAAGGGAAUCAAGGGAUAGUCAAGGGAUAUGGGGAAAAAGCAGGAACGGGGUACUGAUUCUGGAUGAUCGGCCAUGAUCAUAUUGCAUGGUGGUGCUGGCUCGAAGGGCCGAAUGUCCUACUCCUGCACCUAUUGUCUAUUGUUUCCAUGUUUCUAUGACCUCUGGUCCUAGACUUUCCCACGAGUGGUAACAUCCUCUCCCCGCCCACUCUAUCCAGGCCUUUCACUAUUCUGUAUGUACAGUAAACUCCCUCUCCCCAUCUCUUUUCUCCACAGCUAAUAAAAGGCUCCACAGUUAACCUUGCACAUGAAGAAGAUUCAACUACCAACAGCUGAUCCAUAGCAACUGUGAAAUACAACGACCUUCUACCCAGGCGAUAUGUUUAAUUUGCUUCUCUACCUCAGCAUCCUGCAUUAUUGUGUAUCCUUCAUACAAGCACAAGAUGAAGCAGAGAUUUACCUGGCACCUGGCACCUCGGCGAUGUUUCUCGGAGUGGAUGAAGAGGUCAUGAAUAUUACGCGGGUUUUCCAAUGGGAAAAAAUUGACAAACGCUCAGGGAAUCAGCCCACCACGGAACACGUUCUCCAAUUCCAUGUUGGAUCUCCAAAACAUGCCGUUAUACAAAAAUACACCGGGCGCAUCCACUUCAACCCUCUCAAUGGUUCAUUUCUCUUCAGUAAUCUGACCUCCGCAGACACUGGCCUUUAUAGACUGUCCAUCAAUCUACGGACUCGGAUCAUUCGGCAGGUUCGGCUUUGGAUAAUGGAGAGGCUGUCGAAACCAUCGAUACGGAGCAACGGCAGUUCUCCCGGCGCCACCAUCCAGCUUGAAUGUAACGUGGAGGGAGAUGCUCGUGGAUAUCAGUGGCAGAAAGACGGAAUGGACAUCCCUCAUCCACACCUGAUAGAGGGGAACAGAAGCCUGGUGCUGCUGCAUGUGGCCAGAAAGGACUGCGCCAUUUACACUUGUACUGCCAGCAAUCCUGUCGGCUCUGUCUCAGCAGAGUACAUCCUCACCAUUCUCGGCCUUCAUCGAAUGGAUAUCAUUGUUAUUGUGGCAUCUAGUGUGGGAAUAACAUUCUCUAUAACAUCGUUGGUUGGAUUGCUGGUACUCUGCAUCAUCAGGAAAAAAUUGCCACGAGGACCAGCCUCAGUGUCUGUGGUUGCUUUCUGCACUGCAUCUGUCUUCCUGGUUUUCAACCUAUCCUUGGCCAUCACUGUUGGGAACUUGGGCUGCCAAUGCAUCGCGGGCCUCUUGGACUCCACAGGUCUACGGGCCUGGAUGGACGUCUGUGGUAUCGUCAGCUCUUUCCUGGUUCUGGUCACCUCGAUUGUCACUCUCUUUGAAGAAGGUCAGCAGAGCAAACAAGGAUGCUACGAGACUAUUCUAACCUGGAGCAUACCGGUCCCAAUGUUCAUCAUUGUGGUCAUAAUCUUCUUAACCUUUUUCGCAGUAUGGCAUACUGGAAACGACGACGUGAACAAUAUCAGAAAUAUUGACGAACAACCGGAAGUGAUGCAAUUGAACAACAUCAACCCUGAAGAUGAGGGUGGCAACUGAAAUCUUUGAGCCAUCGUGCCACGGUUCGCUAUCUCUCCACUGGGAAAAGCAGAGCCACUGUAACAAUUACUGAUCCAUCAUUUGGUGCUAUUCCAACUGUAUUAUUUUAGUUCAGUUUAGUUUAGUUUAAAGUUACUUUUUUGCAUAUCUUUCAUUCAUUUUUCUCUCUACAAUACAUCAAUGCCGAAACGGAGUCAUAGAGUGAUACAGUGUGGAAACAGGCCCAACUUGCCCACACCGGCCAACAUGUCCCAGCUACUCUAGUCCCACCUGCCUGCGUUUGGCCCAUAUCCCUCCAAACCCGUCCUAUCCAUGUACCUGUCUAACUGUUUCUUAAACAUUGGGAUAGUCCCAGCCUCAACUACCUCCUCAGGCAGCUUGUUCCAUACACCUACCACCCUUUCGGCCCACCGAGUCCGCGCCGACCAGCGAUCCCUGCGCACUAACACUACCCUACACACACAAGGGACAAUUCUCAUUUAUACUAAGCCAAUUGACCUACAAACCUGCACAUCUUUAGAGGGUGGAAGGAAAUUAGGGCAGUCGGAGAAAACCCGGGGAGAACGUACAAACUCCGUACAGACAGCACCCAGGGCCGGGUUUAGAUGAAGAGAGGCCCUAAGCUAUUUCACUUGUGAGCCCCUCUCAGUAACCUGCUGCUUUACAUUCAAGUUAAAUGGGAGCCUUGCCAGUGUGAGGGCAUUGUGUUUGACACAGCUUCUGGUGAUAGUGUGUGUGGGGUGUAAUCGCUGGACAGCACGGACUGGGAGGGUCGAAGGGCCUGUUUCUGUGGUGCAUGUCUGAACUCUGAACUCUGAACUCUAAUCAGUGUUUGUUGCAUUGUGAAACAACAGUAAAUUUAUGGUGCAAGAGAUGAAGAAAAAGAUGUUGAAAUUAUGUAUGAAAUAUAUUUUUGACCAAAAAAAGAUGCAAUAUUUUUAUGCUUCAUAAUAACUUUAUAAUAAAUUUAUUUUUAUAGCACUUUUCAUGUAAUUGA